CGCUCAGCGCGAGGGUGGACAGCCAGUCCUGUAUCAGACACACUCACACCGGAUCGCUUGCAGAAUAAACCGAAGAGCUGCCAUGGCGGAGAGGAAAGCGGUGCUGUUUAACUUCUGGGGGGUUCUGGUCCCGUCGGUGCCCGGUUCGGUCUGCUGCAGACUGGAGGAGCAGCUCGGGCUUUCUGGGGACACCGCUGGCUGUAUGUGUCCACUGCCUAGGCACGAUGCAGUGGCGGUUUUACCAUUAGCCAUAGGUUGGCGGCUGCCUGGGGCCCCUGAUGUUGGUGGGCCCCCUAGCCCUGACCGCCGAGGUUUCCUGUCCAGUGUUUUGUCCCUGACUGAUGGUGUGAUGAUGCGAGCAGAACGAGGAGACGUGGCCCUCACUCAGAUGAUCCCAGAAUUCCAGGCUGAGUGUGUGAAAGAGGCUGAGGUCAGAGGUGUGAAGCUGCCAUCUGAUUGGUCAGUCAGUACUCUGCUGGAGGAAUUUAGGAAGGCGAUGCUGGACAUCAGAGAUACGGUGCUGAAAACAGCUGCCAGCCUGCGUCAUAAUGGAGUUCUGACUGCUGUUCUGGCCAAUCUCUGGAUAGAUGACAGCGACACCAGAGACGAAUCAGCUCAUCUUCUCUGUCUGUUAGGCGGCCAUUUUAACCUGGUCCUCCGGUCCUGUCACACAGGCCACAGAGUUCCAGGGUCUGCCAUGUUCAGCUCUGCUCUGGAGCAGCUGGGAGUCACACCCAAACAGGCUGUGUGGCUCGAUGUGGACCAGGAGGGUGUGAAGGCAGCAGAGGGCACAGGGAUGAAGGCCAUCCUGGUGGAGAACCUGGAAGCUGCUCUGGAGAAACUGUCUGACUUCACUGGAGUUCCGGCUGUUGGAGCAGUAAGUCGACCUCUAUCAUGUACACCCGACCAGGUGUCUCAUGGGUACAUUUCCAUCAAGCCGGGGGUCAGGAUCCACUACGUGGAGAUGGGAUCUGGUCCACCUGUUCUACUGUGUCAUGGCUUCCCUGAGAGCUGGUACUCCUGGAGGUACCAGAUCCCAGCUUUGGCUGCAGCAGGUUUUAGGGUCCUGGCUCUUGACAUGAAGGGGUAUGGAGAGUCCACAGCGCCUCCUGACAUUGAGGAAUAUUCUCAGGAGCAGAUCUGCAAAGAUUUAAUCACAUUCCUGGACAAAAUGGCCAUCCCACAGGUCACCCUGGUAGGUCAUGACUGGGGUGGCAUGGUUGUUUGGAACCUUGCUCGCUACUUUCCAGAAAGAAUCAGAGCCGUGGCAUCUCUGAACACUCCACUGUUCUCAUCGGAUCCUACUGUUCCUCCUUUGGCAAAAAUCAAGGCCAUUCCCAUUUUUGAUUAUCAGAUCUACUUCCAGACACCAGGUGUAGCAGAGUCUGAGCUGGAGAAGGAUCUGGAGAGGUCCUUUAAGAUUUUCUUCUACAGCAGCAGUGAAAAGGGGAAACAUCCUAUUCUCAGCACCGCAGGAGUUUGUGCUCGAGGAGGUCUGUUUGUUGGUCUACCAGAGCAGAUUCCCAUGAGCUGCAUGCUGACGGAGGCCGACCUGCAGUACUACAUCAGCCAGUACAGAGAGAAGGGCUUCAGAGGCCCAUUAAACUGGUAUAGAAACAUGGAGGCCAACUGGAAGUGGACGUGUUCGCAGCACAAUGGGAAGAUUCUGAUGCCGGCGCUGAUGGUGACGGCGGGCAAAGAUCCGGUUCUGCUGCCAGCGCUCUCCAACAAGAUGGAGGACCUGAUCCCAAACCUGAGCAGAGGACACAUUGAGGAGUCUGGACACUGGACUCAGAUGGACAAACCAGCUGAGACCAACAACAUCCUGAUAUCGUGGCUCAUAGAGACACACAAGAAGGCUGGAGGUGUUGCCAUGGCACCCAAACUGUGACAAAAGGGAAGAUGGAAGGAAAGAAGAAAUACACUGACACUCAAAUAGUAUUCAGAAAUUUAGAAAGAAAAGCAGGGAGAUGAAAACCUAAAACAAACAAAAAAGCAAACAAAAAAGCAAUCGAGAUAAAAUUAAUUAGACAGAAUAAAAGAUUAAAUGAAAAAUAAAGAUGGAGAAAAC